UUGGAUGAAUUUAAUAAUGGAAGCUGCUGGUAUUAAUGAGCAAGUUGAAAAAAUUGAAAAUGGAAAAUUUGAUGAGGAAGAAAAUAAUAAUAAAUUUUUUGGAAAUAAAAAGGAUGGACUUAAACAACAAAAUAUGCUGCCUUCUGAAAGGGGAUUGCUUUUUAAGAAGGCUCGUUCACUCUACGAAAAAGAUGUAUGUAUAUUAUAG